AUGGGGGCACUAAUUGAUACGGUCAAGGAGGCGGUGGUGGCAGCUGUGAGAGCGGAGCUGGCUGCAAACAAGGAGGAGAGGGAUGAGUUGCAGCACAUGUUGACUGCGGUGGAGGAGAGGAAUUAUGCAACUGCUUCUCUAGUGGAGGAGUUGGCAGCAGUGAGAGAGGAGCUGGCUGGAUAUAAGGAGGAGGUGAAAGAGCUGCGGCUAAAGCUGACUGCUGUGGAGGAGAAGAAUGAGAUGACUGCUGCUGUGAUGGAAGAGAGGGAGGGAGAGCUGGCAGCAGUGAAGCGGGAGUUGGCUGAGCACAAGGAUGCUCUCAAGAAGUUGGAUGAUGACCUGCAAAUAAGCCAGAGUGGAGGCGAUGAAAAGACGGCGUGGGAGGCUAUCAAGUCAGCAUCACAAGCGACCCACCUGGACCUGCAGGGUCGCAAAGGUGUCUCAGACGCCAUGCUCGCCCAUGUGUCCACAAUGACCCAGCUGAAGAGCAUUCUCUUGCACCAUACCUCGGGCUUCAGUGAAGAGGGCAUCAAGCACCUCUACAGCCUGCCACGGCUGGAGUCGCUCGGCCUCAUAGGCACUGUCGAUUCAGACAGUGCCUUGGAAGGCAUUAGAUCCUUGACCAGUCUCAAGCACCUCGAUCUCCAAUCGACCAACGUGACCGAUGCUGGGCUGCAGCACUUGACAUCUCUCUCCUCUCUCGAACAUCUGUGGCUUUCAAACUGCAAGGGUGUGACGAAUGCUGGCAUGGUGCAUGUAGGGAAGCUGACAGGGCUUCAGUAUCUUGGUCUGAAUUGUAAGGCAGUCACGGAUGCAGGGCUGCAGCAGCUGACUGCCCUGACCAAGCUGACAAAACUCUAUACGUCAGAAGGGGAUUUCCUUGAGAACGAUGCUGCGCGCAGGCGGAUAG